AUGGAGCUCUCCUUUGCCGGACCCGCAUUUCCUACUGUGCAUCGACUGGCCUGGCGCCGUCGACUGCGACCUUUGGGCUUGCUGCUGCUGAGUUGGAUUCUACUGGCCGUGUCCCUUUGGACAACGUUUACCCGCGAGGAAGGCUACGAGAGUGAGGGCUUGACCGAGUCGAUCCCCUUCCAGCGCUACACUCUCAUCAUCGCGGCAGCGAUGCUGCAGAUCGUAGCUGCCUCUGCAGCUAUAGUGGUCCUGCAUGCACGCACUGAGUGCUUGGUUCACAUCGCGGCCAUUCUGCUCAGCAUGUGGGCCAGUGAGGCGGCCCUGGUGGUCAAGUUCAUCUUGCAGAUCCAUGGUCUGAAGGACUACGGUCUGGCUGUGGCCGUGUCAUUGGGUUGCCUACUUGGUGUAGGUUGGGGCGUCCAGAAGACAUUCAUCCACAAUGCUGAGGCAGAUAUAGAAAAGGUGCUGGGCAUGGAUAUGGGCCGCCACAGAACGUACCAGCUGCUCAAGGCAGACCUCCUGCUGUCAGUACUCGUGAUCGUGGCCGUUGCCAGCCAGAGGCUCAUGGUGGAUUUGGAGUCACAGUGGCCUGAGACAUUCAGAAUCAUGGCAAGCGUCGCCUGCUGGGCAUUUCUAGGGAUCGGCAUCGCGUUCAAUCUUUGGACGCUCCCUUUCGUAAACCGUGUGAUUCGGGCGGUGGAUGACACAGCAACCCGUGGGGCACAAUUGGCACCUGAAGCAAAGGCGAGCCAGGGAAAGUCGGACAGCGAUGACCCCGACAUUCAGAAAAUCUUAGCCAGUCUCAAAACGCACAGGACGUUCAUGCUUGGCUUGUGUUUGGCGAGGCUGCUGGUCUUCGGGCACAUAAUGCUAUUCGGUGGCUUCUUAUGGCCGAUUGCUGUUGACUUGCGUGUGCGGGUCACCGACAGCCUCGACGAGACAUUUGCAGCAUACCUCCUCACAGACUCUGUGCAUAUUACCACAUUAUACUACUUCUUCUUGCUCGGCGUGAUCUGGUAUGUGUAUGGAGGUCUGUCUUCCAUCGCGGCAGUCCACGCCCGAUUCUACGACGAGGAACUGCGCUUGCUGAAGCGCGACUACCAGCGAGCCACGUUCGUUCCCGGGAGCGAUUCGAGAUGGCAGGCCCAAGUGGAGGAUUUGGCUUGCCGCGCGAUCACCAUCGAGGCGCUGUUGGACUUCUACGUUGGCCUCGGGACCACGUACAUGCCGAGCUUUACUCCAGGAAGGCACACCACCCAUGACGUGGUGCGGCAAGCCAUCAUUCCAUUGAGCGCAAGUGCCGGAUCCGACCUGGCGAAGGUCCUGAUGAAAGGUCGGCGCCUUCCACCACAGGCGAUGGUCUCCCACACCUGGCGAGGCCGCUUCAGGGACUUGGUGGCAGCAGUGGUCGCAGACAGCCUCGGCGAGCAAGAGUAUGGCCGCAUUGGCAAGUUGCUGGACAGCAACAUCGACCUAGUUAAGUCCUGGAUCACCAGGGAAUCUGGACUUGAGAGAACAUAUUGGAUUUGCGCCUUCAGCGUGAACCAGCACUUGAGCAUCUGCUCGCCAGCAGAGCCGCCCACAGACUCCAUCACAGGCCAGCUGAUUCCAACCUGCGGGUGCUCCUGUCCGAAGUUUCUGAACACGGACGAACCGUGUCGAGCGGACGGUGCCAGCAUUCAUUGCGAGAUGAACAAGUUCGGGGACAUGAUGGCAUGGCUUGCUGCCAAGGACAACUCCUUCACGCAUGUCCUAGCUAUGGAUCGCGAUUUGGACCUGUUGACGAGAGCAUGGUGCGUGGCCGAGGCCGCAGAGUCGUACAUCAUGGGCAUGUGCCAGUACAUGAAGGUCAGCAGCAAUUCAAGCAUAAGAAAGAAGUGGGCCAAAGUAAAGAAGCUGCGCGUCGAGGGCAUGGCAGCGACGAGGCCGGAGGAUGUCGAUGAGAUCUUGCAGCGAAUCCCCAACAAGACAGAGUUCAACACGCAGAUCCAGAAGCUCUUCGGUCGACUCUUCGGACAAUUCUGGCAUGUGCCGCCGUCCGAGAGAGUUCUACUGGUCUGCCGAGAGUUGCGAUGGAGGAUGAACAUGAUCAAGGCACUUUCAGACGAAGCCCCUGGUCGGCUGAUCGAAAGUCAGCUGAAAGAGUCCGCUGAGGAGACUGUCCGCCAGGAGUUGGUUUGA